CAGACUCAGACCAGCAGCUCAGCUCUCAACUUUCGUCGAUGGCGAAAUGCAGCAAGAUCCACAACAUCGUCUUGCUCCGGCAGACCCUGCGACGGUGGCGCUCCCGUGCCGCGGCGCGCGCUGCUGCGGGCGACGGCGCGGUGUCGGUGCCGGCGGGGCACGUGGCGGUGUGCGUGGGCGGCGCGUCGCGGCGGUUCGUGGUGCGGGCGGCGCACCUGAACCACCCCGUGUUCCGGGAGCUGCUCCGGCGGGCGGAGGAGGAGUACGGGUUCCCGUCCGGCGCGUGCGGCCCCAUCGCGCUCCCCUGCGACGAGGACCGCUUCCGGGACGUCCUCCGCCGCGUCUCCUCCGAGGAGCGCCGCGGCGUGCCGGCCGCCAACAGCCGCGACGUGGCGACGCGGCCGUUGCUUCAGAGGGUGGCGGCGGAGGAGCUCGUGUGGUAACCGAUCGAUGGAAGCCACACGGAUUGGCCAUUCAUACGUGCUCUGUUCUCACAUGAGAUAGCCCUGGCGAUGUGACUCCGGCGGCGGCAGUGGAGGAAGCAGCAGCUGGUCUUCCGGACGCGGAAAUGGCGAAAGCAUGCCGCAGCCUGGAAGACACCACCCGCCCGUGCGCACGACAGGUGCCCGAGGUAUUGAAGGACGUGGUCUGGUGCCCGGUGUAGCGGCCAGCGGCGCCCCGAAACACGAAUCGGGGACGGUGCCGCGGGUGAGCAACCGAGGCUCUGUAAGGCUUGAAAAGUUGACUGCAGUUAGGAGAAAUCUGUAGUGAUUAGUUAAAGAUGAAGAUGACGGUUUUUGUGAUUGUCGUAAUUAAUCUGUAGCAUUCCUUGCCGGUAAUGAUAA